AGCCGUUUUGGCUCCAGCUGGUUUUUGGAGCUCGAGGCCAAUUUUAGGUUUCUUGUUCUACCGCCUGCACCCCGCCAGCCAGCCAUGGCGCCGGCCAUGUCGAAGAGGCACGCCGCCCUGCUGGCCGGGGGCGCGGCGCUCGGGCUGUGGACGGCCGGCAGCGCCUUCGCCCCGACCAUCCAGGGCACCCCGACGAGGUCGUUGGCGGAGGCCCGCAGCCUGCGCGGGGCGGCGGCCGCCGCCCCGGAGGGCCCCGUGUCCUCAGUCGCCGCCGCUGCCCUGGCCUGUGGCGCCGCCUCAGUGGCCCUGGCUGCCUCCGCCGCCCGCCGCUCCAAGCAGGUCGCCCCUGUCGCGCGCUGCGCCUUCGAGAGCGAGCUCGGAGUCCAGGCGCCCGUGGGCUACUGGGACCCCCUGAACAUGGCGGGCGACGGCGACGCGGAGGACUUCGCGCGGAGGCGCGAGUCGGAACUCAAGAACGGCCGUGUCGCCAUGUUCGCGUGCAUGGGCUACAUCGUGCCUGAGUACUUCAAGUUUCCUGGCUAUUUGGCGCCCUCUUCAGACCUGAAGUUCGUGGACGUUCCGAACGGCCUCGCGGCCGUCAGCAAGGUACCUGCCGAAGGCUGGCUGCAGUGGCUCGCCCUGUGUGGCUUCUACGAGACCUGCGUGAACGGCGAGUCCAAGCCUGGCGAGCCAGGCAACUACGGCAGGGGCCGCCUCGGCUUCACUGGCACCAGCAUCGAGGACCCCGAGGGGCGCAAGAGGUCCCUGAACUCCGAAAUCGCCAACGGGCGCCUGGCCAUGGUGGCCAUCAUCGGCAUGUUCUUUCAAGACGGUCUGACCGGCUCCGCGUGGGGCGACUGGGAUGUGUACCACGGCGUCGCAGUCCAGAGCGGCAAGAUGAGCCCUGGUUACAACACGCUGCCGGAGUGGGAGGGCGUCGCGAGUGGCUUCGAGGGCUCGGUCGGAGACCAGGAGCCCCUGGGAUUCUGGGACCCCGCCGGCUUCACAAAGGACGGGGACGUGGAGAAGUUCAAGCGCCGCAGGGAGGUGGAGCUGAAGCACGGCCGCGUCUCCAUGCUCGCGACCAUCGGCUACAUCGUGCCCGAGUACUACAAAUUCCCUGGCUACCUGUCGCCCUCCCAGGGAAUCCAGUUUGAGGACGUCCCCAACGGCCUGGGCGCUCUGUCGAAGGUGCCCCCGGCGGGCCUCGCCCAGUUCGCGGCCUUCAUCGCCUUCCUCGAGCUGGUGUACAACAAGCCAAGCGCCGAGCCAGGCAACUACGGCAAGGGGAACCUGGGCCUGGGCUCGCUCGGCCUCGGGGGCUCCAUCACAGAUCCCAAGCUGAGGGCGAAGAAGCUGAGUGCUGAGGUUUCGAACGGGCGCCUGGCCAUGGUUGCCAUCAUCGGCAUGUUCUUCCAGGACGGUCUGACAGGCUCCGCGUGGGGCGACUGGGCGCUCUACACGGGCAGCCCGCUGCGCAGCGGCAAGAUGGCAUGAUUCGGUACGCGUUGAGGUGGUGCGUGGAGGGGUAUUCAGAAGCCAUGAUUUUUUAGUCGCGCCCGCGAUGAAGGGUCAGGAUCACCA